AUGUUAAGUACAUUCGUCCGACGAUUGCCAAGGUCCACAGCAGCCAUUGGACCUCUCACCAAAUGUUUACAAAGUGAAAGACAAAUGUCGUACAAAAUUCGACAAAUGCAACAUAAGGAUUUACCAGCUGUAAAUAGAAUUCUGGAGAGUGAAAAAUGGGUAAUGGAGAAGGCGUACACAGAAUGUGCCUUCAAAACGGACCCAAAAGGAUUCUUUGUGGCGGAGAAAGAUGACGGAGAAAUUAUAGGUUCACAUGGAUAUCUCUCUCAUACCAAAGACCUAGCUACGAUGGGGUUAUGGAUGGUGAAGAAAGAAUACAGAAAUUCCAAUGUCGGAUUACAAUUAUACGGAAAAGUCCACCAGGCCGUUGGCAGCAGUAAUCUGGGAACUUUUGUGUGGCCAUAUUACCAAGAGAAGAUCAAAGAGGAGCACGGCGUCAAGCCAAACAAGGCUUAUAUGACGUGGUACAAUUACGGCCACAUAGAUCAACGGACAUGUGAGAACAAGGGCAAAGAGGAUUUCACUGUGGUUCCUAUAGAACAGACCAAUCUGUCCGAUGUGUUAAAUUACGAUACAGACAUUCACAAAGUAGCUAGAAAGGAAUACAUUAGGAAUUGGAUAGACCAUGAUAGGUCCAGGACCUAUGUAGCAAUGCGCGAUGGAAAGGUGUGUGGGUACGGUGUUUUGAGAUCCCAAGAUUCCUUCAACCAGAUCGCUCCUUUAUAUGCUGAUGAUAAAAAAGUUGCGAAAGGUUUGUUUCGUCAUCUGGCAAGUGAUGUUCCCUCAGGAGAGAAAGUCGGGUUUUCUAGUCCAUUUGAAAACUCGUCUGCUACAGAGUUCGCGGCUGUGAAUAAAAUGAUGAAACCAGGGAUUCCUCUAAUCAAGAUCUACAAGGAUGAUCCUGUCGACGUGGACAUUGACAAAGUGUACGCUGUGUCUUCUAAUUCAUUUGGUACAUGCUAA